CCGGUUUAUAAGCUCCCUGCGGAAGGUUUCAUUAAGUUUUCAUCAGUCUGAGUCAAACAGAGAGUACCUUACCCCGUGCGUAAAGGUACACCAUGCCCACCAAAAGCGUUGUUGAGGAGCGGCUCUCCAAAUUCAAAAACAAGGGGAAGGAUCCAGCAAAACUUCGAGAGAAAAGGAUCUCUGAGUGCGUGGAGCUGCGCAAAGCUAACAAGAAUGAAAGUUUCCUGAAGAGAAGAAACAUAACGCUGUCGUCUCUCCCGGACGAGGAGGCGCUCUCUCCUGACUACAUCUCCAACGAGAUGGUGGCCUUUUUACCCAUCGAGACAAUCAUAAAAGACGUAAACUCCGACUGCAAGGAGUCCCAAACCAGAGGCUGUCAGGCAGCCAGGAAGCUGCUGUCUCAGGAGCGUAACCCUCCUCUGAAGGAGAUCAUAGAUGCAGGUCUGCUGUCCCGCUUCGUGUCCUUCCUGUCUAUGGAUGAUGAGCCGACUCUGCAGUUUGAAGCAGCUUGGGCCCUUACAAACAUCGCCUCUGGAACAUCCUGGCAUACUCAACAGGUGGUGGAACAUGGGGCUGUACCAGCUUUCAUCAGCUUGCUGGCUUCACCGAUGUUGCACAUCAGUGAACAAGCGGUCUGGGCUCUUGGAAACAUUGCAGGUGACGGCCCAGCUUAUCGAGACGUCCUGAUUGAGUGCAAUGUUGUCCCAGCCUUACUGGCUCGCAUCUCCCCAGACACACCAGUUGGCUAUCUGCGUAACCUGACAUGGACAUUAUCCAACUUGUGUCGAAAUAAGAAUCCAUUUCCACCCUUGUCUGCAGUCCUGCAGGUGCUUCCCUCUCUGAUCCAGCUGCUCCAUCUCAGUGAUAAGGACAUCUUGUCUGAUGCAUGCUGGGCAAUCUCCUACCUGUCAGACGGUGACAAUGACCGUAUUGAUGUUGUAGUGAAAACUGGCAUUGUCUCUCGAUUGGUGGAGCUCAUGAGCCACGAGGAGCUCAGUGUCAUGACCCCAGCUCUCCGCUCAAUUGGGAACAUAGUGAGUGGUUCAGACACGCAAACUCAGGCAGCAAUUGAAGCGGGAGUUCUGAAAGUCCUACCUAACCUGAUGAGGCACCCGAAGGCCAGUGUGCAAAAGGAGGCUGCGUGGGCACUGUCCAACAUCGCUGCAGGACCAUGUAGGCAAAUACAACAGCUAAUCACCUGCGGCCUGCUCCCACCUCUGGUUGAACAGCUCAGAAAUGGAGACUUCAAAACUCAAAGGGAGGCAGUGUGGGCAGUGACAAACUUCACCAGCGGGGGCACUGUGGAGCAGGUGGUCUCUCUGGUGCAGAGCGGGGCCCUGGAGGCAAUCAUCAACCUGCUGCAGGUCAAAGACUCGAAAGUCAUUCUGGUCAUAAUGGAUGCCAUCAACAACAUCUUCUUGGCAGCAGACAAGCUCGGUGAGACGGAGAAACUCAGCCUGUUGGUUGAAGAGCUGGGAGGACUGGACCGCAUCGAGAUGUUGCAGAACCACGACAAUGAAACGGUGUACCAGGCUGCUCAUUCCCUCAUAGAGAAGUACUUUAGUGAUGGUGACGUUGGUGGAGUAACGGUCGACAGUACAGAGGAUGCAUUUGUAUUUAAGACCAGUGAUGUCCAGAGAACCUUUGAAUUUUAAACUCUACUAUUGUGUUUAAUUCUUGUUUAAAUAAGUAAAUAAAGGUUGUAUUGUAAAUUCUGUAUUUCAAAAAGUGUAUUUCAUGAUCUGACAUUAACAAAUAAAAAAUGUCUAACACUGA